AAGUCGACAGUUGUUCUCCCUCCAGUGUGCGCUAUGUGGAUUUACGCCUACCUCUGCUUGCCCACCGUCGUGUCGGCUUCUUUUAUGCGUCCAACCACCUCGGCCAACCAUCUGGAGUUUUACAAAGAAAUGACCUACCCCUGGGUUGACAAGGAGGCUCCCAUAUGCUCCAACCAAACACUAUGCCCUCGAAACCCCAACUACACCUGGGACGAUUACCUCGAUUGCCUCCUCAAUAAGGGCGUCAAGAAUUUCGUGCUCGGCGGCCUCAUGAUGGUGGGGAGUGACAUCUGGUUCGUCAUCGAGUUCAAAUCACCGAGCCGAUGGAGUAAAUCUGGGUUCAUGGCUCUGAGGGAGAAAGUACGAGCUCGAGGUGGCAGGAUACUGGGUGACGUGAUCGAUGCGCAAUACGGGUAUGGCGAGCCUUUCAACAAGACGCGCUUUCGCCAGAAUGCUGCCAAGUUCGUGGAGUACUUCCCCGUCGACGGCUUCAGGAUAGCGGAUUUCCUCCCCUAUUCUGAUCAGACCCCCCAACAUGUGAAGGAGGCCUUGGAGGCUAUCAAUGAACUGAAGUUGAUUUCUUCAAUCCGGUUGACGCCUGAGAAGUUAGAUGUGUUCGCGAAGGCCAAAUUGGGAGGGAUCGCCGAUACCACCUUCGUUUCAUUAUGGCCACGAUAUGAUGACAAAAACGAUACGGCCGCGUUCAACACGGACGCAUUUGCCAAGCAAACCAUCCUAAACGCCUCGGCGGCUGGCGUGGAUCUCGGCAAAAUUGUUCUACAAGUGCCUCUUCUGGCUCGAGCUACCUAUGAUUCUGCCGAUGUCGGUUACUCGUCUAUGAUAUACGGAUUCCAUCAGGACCCACAGGGCAACGGCAGAUACCACAACAAGAAUGGGGACUACUUCUUCUUUUCGCAGCCACGUGCUGUCGACAAGAUCAAGGUGGCUCACGAGCAUGGGCUCCAUGGUAUUUCGUUGCAACAAUCACUACCAGACCAAGCACGGGCUGAUCUCUUUCCGUGGGAUAACAAUUCUCUUUUCCAUGCGCUUGUCGAAAACAUGUAG